AUGAGUUCUUUUCCGCGUGCUAGUUCAGUUUCAUCCUCCGUACCGUCUACUGCCGGCACAACCACCGAAAAUGACCGCCGCAGGAGGGACAAUCUGAACGACAAGAUUCAAGCUCUUUUAGAGCUGAUUCCAGAGGAGAUGUUUCAAGACUACUACGGAAGAAAGGACCCUGCCGAACUCGAAAAUGGACAGGGUACCCCUGGAAGCAUUGCCUUUGGUACGGGGAGCUCUGCAAGCGGGAUCAAAAUGAAAGGUACUGGCACGAAAGAUGGCAAGCCCAAUAAAGGCCAAAUACUGACUCAAGCGGUUGAAUACAUCACAAGACUACAGGCCCAAGUGGAUGCACGAAAUCGAGAGGAGGUAGAGCUAAUCCUGCGGCUCAAAGAGCUCAGUAAAAAGAUUUCGCUACCCGUUAAUGAUAUUAAUCUGGCCAACACAAGCGCAGAAAUUGCAUUAUCGAAGAUAGGCGUGGGUCCACUUGCUGGUGUUAGUGAGGACUACUUUAAUCAGACGGAGUCCAAAGAAACCUAUGGGUCCUUGGAUCAAGGUUGA